UGGGUUGUAUAAAAAGGUUUGCUAAGCAUUACGACCACAGUAUUGUAACAUAGAAAUAUGGGGUUGGUUCGAUUAGCUGUGUUUGUUUCGUAUCUGUGCCUACUCCAGUGCGACGUGUAUCAAGCUCGUGCGAUAGAGAAGGAAAACACGGUAGUGAAAUUGCAAAUACCUUUACGCUCUUUGACAUUUUUCACCGGCCCUAAUGAGGAAGGUACAAACAUCUCUACACAAUGCCAAGAAAAAGUAUGUCCAAAUGGCAAAAAACCAACAGCUGUGGUCCUCCAAUUGCCGUCGACGGGUUCGAAAGUCAGGAAAACAAACAUUUUGAUCGAUAUGACUGGCAAGAACAAAAAUUGCCAGUAUCAAACCGAUGGCCAAAUGGUUAAAAACGAAACCUUGAAUGUAGAUGUUUUCGUCAACGAUAAACAAAAGUCUACUGACGCGAACGAUAAAUCUGGAUAUAUAACAACAUCAUCUAAUUCGUCAAUCGAUGAUACCGAAAAGGGUAUUAAAGUCAUAGGAUCCUCAACAUCAACAACUCCAGAUUCGAAUAUGACCGUAUUUGUAAAGGUUUACCUAGUGGAAACUGAUAAAAAAGAUGAAUCCGGUGAACCGAUUAUAACAACCAAUUCCUUAGUGUCGAAUGCUAAAGGUGUAGCAGACGCUGCUACUGGUGCUGAAGGAGCGGAUGGAUCAUCAGAAGGAUCUAGUAGCGCUUCGUCAGGUGGAUCUACCAGUGCAGGAUCAUCUGGCGACGGUUCUUCCUCGAGUGGAUAUAAAGAAGGUGAACCUUCAAGCGAUACUUCAUUGGGCAGUGCCUCUGAUGAAGGUUCAUCAGGGGGAGGGUCGGCUAGCGAUGCGCCAUCUAGUGGCGGAUCAUCAAAUGAGGAGACAAGUGAGAGUGAACCAUCUGACAGUGGAUCAUCUAAAUCAGAUUCGUCUGAUGAUGGUUUAUCUGAUGGAGGACCAGCAGACAGCAAAUCGACAGGUGAUGAAUCAACAGAUGAUGGAUCACCUGAUAAAGGAUCUUCGGAUGAUGGAACCUCCGGAGAUGGAACGUCUGGUGAUGGAUCUGAAGCAACGGGUGCUGCCAGCGCUGCGAGUGGUAGUGGUGGUGAUGACGAUCACAAAGAUGGUGAUGGAUCAUCAGCCGCAGCCGCAAGUGCCGCUGCCGCCGCAGCAAAAGACAAAGGGGUUGGUAGUGGUGAUGAUGGUGACAAAACUAGCGACGGUGACGGAACAUCAGCAGCUGCAGCGAGUGCAGCAGCCGCAGCAGCAAAAGGCAAAGAUGCAGAUAAAGUUGACGAUAGUAACAGCGGUGAUGGUGGUGAUGGUUCAUCUACUAGACCGAAGGAUUCGGAUGCCACGCCAGCAAAAGACAAAGUCACAGAAGGCGGAAAAAAGUAACAACACUAGCUAGUUAGGAUAGUUAUUUUAAUUAAAUUAUAACAUAUAUUAUAACAAAAAUGGAAUUAUGUAGCUUAACGUGUUUUCGAUUGUAAUAUAUUGUGCUACAACGAA